UUCCCGCGCCAUUCAAUCUCACUCUCUUUCAUCAAAAUCCCUUCAAUUUCCCACAAAUCUUCUUCUUCUACCACCAAAUCAACCAAAAAUCCUUCAAAAAAAAAAUCCUCUCCGCCCACAAAAAUCGUCGUCUCCCAUACAUUCAUCGUCUCCUCCACAAAAACAUCGCCUCCUUCCACACAAUCGUUUCUUCCACAAAAACCCUAUUCCUAGUCCAGAAAAUCGACGAAGAAGGGAAACCAAAAAACCUAAUUCAACAAUGGUGGACACUCGAGCAUUUGGAUCGGCUAGUCAUGACGGAAAAGUGUAUCAGAGAAUGGACGCGAAGAAGAACAACCCGCAAAUCCCAAAAGCACCGAAAGAUACGGGACCACAUAACAAAAUCAUUCCAGAAGGGGAAAAAGGGAAAGAGACGGCUGGGGAUUUUCCAAUUUCUGAAAAAGAAAAUCAGUCCAGAAGUGGAAAAAGAGAAAGACACAGAUGAUCAUGUUUCCAGUUCUGGAAAAGAUGCACUAAUAGGGGGAGUAGACACUUCUGCAAAAGGGAACGAAAUGGCAGAAAACGUAAUGAAGGCUGCAAAAGGUGUAGGCAUGACUGGUCUGUCCUUAAACAAGGCAAACGAACUGAUCAUCGGGAAAAGAGCCAGAGCUAAGGAGAGCCUCAAAAUUCUGCAAUUGGAGACAACAACAAGAGAUAAGGCAUAUACCUCCAAUGCGACUGGCAAUGUAACUGAAUCACCUGAUAUGUCUAAAGGCUCAAAGCGCCUUCGUGAAUCUGUGAAGAAAACAAGCUGUCCAGGUGAAGAAGAAUUACACAAAAAUGCACCUGGGAAGAAGGAUAGCAAAGGGAAGGAAAAGGUCGAGGAGGUUGUUGUAAUUCUCGUUUUGAGGACCAUUGUUAUUGUUACAAUAUAUUAUUUCAACUAUAUUCGUUUUUGGAGUCUCUAUGCACUAGUACGAUUACUCCAGCUGAUGCUGCAUUGUACCAAUUAG